AUGUCAUCGAAGAACCGUGAGGAAGAUAUACCAAAGGAGCAGCCUCUGUUAAAAGCCGCUGAUAUAUCAGAAGACAUUCAGGCACGAGUAUUUGAGGUUGCUCAAGAUGCUCUUCAAAAAUACACUCUAGAGAAGGAAAUAGCAUCUUUCAUUAAGAAGGAAAUGGACCAGUUGUAUGGUCAUACAUGGCAUUGUAUUGUUGGGAAAAGUUUUGGUUCUUAUGUAUCUCACGAGUCUGGUGGUUUUGUUUACUUUUAUAUUGGCUCUAUUGCUUUCCUAGUAUUCAAGACUAUCUGA